UGAUGUACUCACUAUUAAGAUCCACCCGAUGAAGAGCCAGCUCAGCAGCAACACGCAUCUCAGCAACCUGCAGAGCUUACCUCAACCAUGGGCAAAAACAGCUUUCAAACUUAUUUAUUUUUAUUAUUUAUGAUAUGGCAUUGCAGCAAUUCAUUCUUAUUCUCCUCCAGUCAAGGGAACAGAUGUGACAAGAAAACUGUUAUCAAUGCCAAAACUGUAUGCCAAUCAUGUACCAUCUCUAAACAAGUGGACUGUCUUGCUGGUUACCUCAAGAAGACACAUGGAAUUGGGAACCGAGACUGUAGGUAUAUACUGACAAUGCAGAACUUCAGCCUUUCCCUCCCUGGGUGCAGUCAUGUGUGUGCUAAGGAGUUCCUGCAUCCGCAUUGCUGUCCUGGAUACUGGGGGCCAGACUGUAUGGAGUGCCCGGGUGGAGCUGCGACUCCCUGCAGUAACCGGGGGAAUUGUUCUGAAGGUGUGGGAGGCAACGGUACAUGCUCUUGUGCGGCAGGGUUUGGAGGUACUGCAUGUGAAAGAUGUGCUGAAGAGAAUGUCUAUGGGUCUAACUGCAAUUCAGUCUGUGAGUGUUUGCAUGGACUGUGCAACAGCGGUUUCCUUGGUGAUGGGAAAUGCACCUGCUUUUCGGGAUACAGGGGACCAAAAUGUGAUCAGCCCAUUCCUGAGUGUGCAGACCUGGAGUGUCCUGACAAGGCCCGAUGUAUUGAAGAUGCAGUUAGCGGGAAGCUGGUGUGCAAAUGCUUGCCUGACCAUGAGAGAGAUGGAAAAAACUGUAAACCCAUUAACCCAUGCCUGAAACAGGUCUGUCACCGAAAUGCCAACUGUUCCCAUCUUGGUCCAAAUCAACACCAGUGUACAUGCCACGAGGGUUACCAAGGUGAUGGGCAGGUCUGCAUGCCAGUGGAUCCAUGCCAAAUCAAUUUUGGAAACUGCCCUCCAGACUCCUCAGUUUGCAUAUAUGAUGGCCCUGGAAAGUCUCACUGUCAAUGCAAAGAGGGAUUUGUGAAUCUGGUUCCAGGAAUUGGAUGCAGUCUUAUUGACGUUUGCAAGACAAACAACCCCUGCAGUAAAAAUGCAAACUGCUCAACCAUUGCUCCAGGAAUGACUGAAUGUACAUGCAAUAAGGGGUAUGUGGGCAAUGGUAAAACUUGCUAUGGAAGCAUCAUUGAGAGACUAAGAGAGCUGAACACAGAACCAGGAGGAAAAUGGACAGGGGAGCUGUCCAGUGCAAUCACAUUAUUUGAUUCUUCCUUAUCCUGGCCAUUAAAAUCACUUGGACCUUUCACCAUAUUCAUCCCCAUAAACAAGGGAUUCAAGGGAACCUCAAUGAAGUCUCUGAUGGACAAUCAGUUAAAUGCUCGGUACCUCUCAAAGCUGCAUGUGAUUGCUGGAGAGAUGAAUAUAGAGACGCUAAAGAAGAGUGAUAUCUAUUACACUCUGACUGGGAAGUCUGGGGAAUCAGUCUUCAGCACUGAGGACCAGCAGGUAAAAAUCAGGAUUCACGGGAGCAAGAAGAAAGGGAAUAUUUUGCAAGGGGAUAUUGUUGCAUCCAACGGGCUGAUUCACAUUGUCAGCAAGCUCAUGGACAAUGUGGAACCCACUGUGGAGAGUGAAAAGGAGGAGAAUCUAAUGACAAUACUUGCAGACAAUGGGAAAUUUAACAGAUUCAGAUCACUAUUAGAGAAAAUCGGUGUUGCUCCCCUUCUGGAGCAGCCUGGUCCUUACACUAUAUUUGCACCAACUAAUGGAGCUUUGGAAACCAUGGAGGAGGGAACUCUAGAUUACCUGCUAUCAUCAGAGGGUUUUAAUAAACUUGUGGAACUAAUAAGAAAUCACAUUGUUCCAUCUGUUGAGUUGGAAGUUGUCAGCAUUGUAUCAUCUCCCAGAUUGACCACAAUGGCCAACCAAGUUUUAACAUUCAACAUCACUAACAAUGGACAGAUUUUAGUGAAUGGAGAGGUAGUCCUUGAGGCUGACAUUCAAGCUAGAAAUGGACGUCUUUACUCCUUGAAUGGAGUUUUGAUUCCUCCCUCCAUCGUCCCGGUUUUACCACACAGGUGUGAUGUAACUGAGUCUCAGGUUAAAAUGGGUACCUGUGUCAGUUGUUCAAGGGUCAUUCAAACUCCCUGUACUUCUGGGGUGGCUACAAACACAUUCAAGAGAGGCUGUGUUUUCACUUCAACUUUAGUAGGAUUGCGCAUCCCAACCUUGGGGUGUGCUCAGUAUUGCAAUGAAACCACAACAGUGCCUCUUUGCUGCAAAGGUUUCUAUGGGCCUGCCUGUAGCCCCUGCCCUGGAGGCUUUGUAAACCCCUGCUCCGGGCAUGGCCAGUGCAUGGAUGGAAUCAGUGGGAAUGGGACUUGUAUAUGUGAAGAAAACUUCAGGGGAUCCCGAUGUCAGUUGUGUUCCAGCCAUGAGAAAUACGGACCUAACUGUGAUAAAAAAUGUCCUUGUAUUCAUGGAGAAUGUGACAAUCGCCGGGAGAGCAGUGGUGCUUGUAAAGAAGGCACGUGCCAGUCUGAAUACACUGGUAAAUUCUGUGAGAGGCACACAAGUCCAUGUGGUCCUCGAGUCCAGUUUUGCCAUGCACAUGCCACCUGUGACUACACCAGUGGAACAGUCAGCUGUGUCUGUAAACAAGGCUAUCAGGGAGAUGGAAUGACCUGUGAAGAGAUAGAUCCCUGCUCCAACCCUGAACGAGGGGGCUGCAGUGUCAGUGCGAAGUGCAUUAAAACCGGUCCCGGGACCCACAUCUGCCAGUGCUUGGUGGGGUGGAGGGCUGACGGAGAUGAGUGUCAGGAGAUCAAUAACUGCAUGGAGCCAGACAGGGGCGGCUGCCAUGAGAACAGCAACUGUAUUUAUAUUGGACCUGGACAGAGUGACUGUGAGUGUAAGACUGGUUACCGUGGAAAUGGGAUAGAAUGUGAACCAGUAAAUCCAUGUGUUGAAGAAAAUGGGGGAUGCCAUUACAUGGCAACCUGUAAAUAUCUGUCACCUGGAACCUGGAACUGUGUCUGCCAGGAGGGCUUUGUUGGAGAUGGGAAGAUUUGCUACGGAAAUGUGGCCACAGAGCUGUCUGCUAUACCUGAUGCGGUUGAGUUUAACAAGUGGGUCAAUGCUGCCGAGAUCUAUGAGAUACUCUCAAAGGAUACAAACUGGACAGUCUUUGUGCCCUCUGAGAGUGCCAUUGAGAAAAUGAACAAGGAAGACAAAGACUUUUGGACCUCAAAGGGAAACCUGCCUAGUUUAAUCAAGUAUCACAUGGUGCUGGGUAUUUACAAACUGGGGGAUCUACAAAACCUGACUUCAUCCUCAGUGCUGCUCACUUCACUGCAUAGGAACUCUCUACAUGUCUCAAAGAGAAAUGAGAGUACUGUAAUUGAAGAUGCUGCUAUAAUUGCUUCUAAUAUUGCAGCAACCAAUGGUGUGAUCCACAUUAUCGAUAAGGUGUUGACCCCAGAUAGAGGACAGAGUGAAGCUUUACCUGAUUUACUGACACGGCUAGAACAGAUGCCAGAGUGCUCCAUUUUCAGAGGCUAUAUCAUACAAUACAGUCUGGCAAAAGAAAUAGAAGGAUCUUCAGCCUACACUAUGUUUGUCCCAAGUAACAACGUCAUUGAAUCUUUUCUCAAGGAGAAUGGAUCCACCACCCUGGAUGAAAACAAUAUUAGGUACCAUAUUGUGCUCUCUGAGAAGUUAAAGAAGCAGGACUUGCAGAAUGGAAUCCAUAAAGAGACAAUGUUAGGAUUUUCCUAUCAACUAGGUUUCUUUCUCCGAGAGAAUCAGCUUUUUGUAAAUGAUGCUCAGGUGAACUACACAGAUGUUGAGACCAACAGGGGAGUGAUCCACGGGCUGGGGAAAGUGUUGCAGGUCCAGCGAAACAGGUGUGACCAGAAAACCUCCGCCAACACGCAGGGGAAGUGUGCAGCCUGCCAUUUAAAGGCAGAUUGCCCCGUAGGGACAGAAGCUGUGGCUGGAAAGACCACCAACUGUAUCAACAUUCGCUACAUCCUGGGAAAAAGGUUCAUGUACUUUGGCUGCAGACCUCUGUGUGUGAACACUAUAAUUAAGAGAGACUGCUGUACUGGUUUCUUUGGGGCGCAGUGUGAGUCGUGCCCAGGGGUAGCAGGCAGGCCCUGCUUUGGAAAUGGCGUCUGCCACGAUGGGGUUAAUGGAACUGGGGUGUGCAAUUGUAAACAGGGCUUUACAGGGACAGCCUGUGAAAACUGCGAAACAGGGAAAUACGGACCCAGCUGUGACCAAGAAUGCGCCUGCGUUCAUGGGAUUUGCAGUGAAGGGCCCAGUGGGGAUGGUACUUGUGAAUGUGAUGUGGGGUGGAGAGGCGUUACCUGUGACAGCAAAAUUACUCAAGAUACAUGCAACAACACCUGCCACACAAGUGCUAACUGCCUCAUCAAUUCUGAUGGUACUUCUUAUUGUAAGUGUGUUGCUGGAUUCAAAGGGAACGGCACAUCCUGUGCAGCUUUGGAUACUUGUAAAAGCAGUAAUGGAGGUUGUUCACCUAAAGCACUCUGUAAGAGAACUACCCCAGGGAAACGAGUGUGUAUCUGCAAUGCAGGGUACACUGGUGAUGGAGUUGUUUGUCUUGAAAUCAACCCUUGUUUGGUUAACAACGGAGGGUGCCAUUUGAAUGCUGAGUGCACCCACACUGGACCCAAUCAGUCAGCCUGCAAUUGCAUCAGUGGUUAUUCUGACGAUGGGAAAGUGUGUAAAUCCAUCAAUCCUUGCUUUAAGAAAAAUGGAGGCUGUAGUGAGUUUGCCAUCUGUAACCAUACCGGCCCAGCUGAAAGAAACUGCACCUGCAAGUCCGAAUACAUUGGUGAUGGACUCAAAUGUAAAGGCACAGUCUACAAGGAGCUUUCAUUGAACCCCAUCACCUCUCAAUACUUUUUUCAACUGCAGGCCAAUGCAGUGAGAGACCUUGCUGGCCAAGGUCCCUUCACUGUCUUUGUUCCCAGCUCAGAUGCCUUCAAAAAUGAAGCAAAUCUAAAGCAAUGGGGUACCAGAGGCUUGAUGCCCCAGAUUCUCCGCUAUCAUAUGGUGGCAUGCAGUCAGUUGCAACCCAGUGAGCUGAACAAAACCAAGAAUGUCACGAGCCUCCAGGGAGAACUCAUUACCAUCUCCUACUCCCAGGAUUCCAUAUUUUUAAACUAUAAAGCCAAGAUAUUGUCAAGCGACAUAUUAAGCUCCAACGGUAUAAUCCAUAUAAUAGACAAAGUGCUGGUUCCAGAGAACCUGCAAGUCAUUUCUACAAGCAUCUUUGGUUCCAAAUUGGAAAAUCUGACCACAGUGGCAGAGCGUCAGGGAUAUUCUACAUUCAGUAAACUACUCCAAGACACUGACAUGCUGGGCCUUAUAAACAAUCCCAUCCACCAGCCUGUCACCCUGUUCUGGCCUACAAACAGAGCAAUGGCGGCCCUGCCCAAGGAUCAGAAAGACUUCCUUUACAGCAAAGAAAACCUAAAUAAACUGAUCGAAUAUCUUAAAUACCACAUUAUCAGAGAUGGCAAUAUUUUAGCCUCAGACCUUCCCAAUUCAGAAGCACUGAAGACCCUUCAGGGAUCAGACCUACGUGUUAACUGUGGAAAUGAAGACAAUAUUGGAGCACUUUUCCUAAACAACAGGAAAUGUAGGAUCGUUCAGAGACAGCUGGAGUUCAGUGGUGGGAUUGCUCAUGGCAUUGAUUGCAUGCUAACACCCCCUAGUGUCGGAGGCCGGUGUGACAUCUUAGAUGCUGUUGAUCUAAUGGGGGAUUGUGGCCCGUGUUAUAAAGUGCCACCUUGCCCCACUGGGAGCAAACCACAGAAAACAACAAAGAACUGUGUCUACUCCCCACUCUUCAAGAGGAGUUUUGAUGGAUGCCGGCAGAUGUGCUCAGUCGUCAUCUGGAGGUCCAAAUGCUGCCCUGGCUACUUUGGUGUUGAUUGUCAAGCCUGCCCUGGGGGACCUGAAUCCCCCUGCAACAGCCAUGGGAGUUGUGAUGAGGGGAAGGAAGGAAGAGGAGCAUGCACCUGCAACUCUGGCUUCCACGGCGUGGCCUGUGAACUCUGUACGCCAGGGCGAUAUGGGCCAAACUGUCAAGUCUGUAACUGUACAGAACAUGGAAUGUGUGAUGAAGGGGACAAAGGAACCGGGGCAUGUUUCUGUGAGAAAGGAUGGACCGGACGACUCUGUGAAACCCAGCUAGCUGUGACCCCAGUUUGCUCCCCAUCCUGUUCCACCUCUGCUGUUUGCAAGGAGAACAAUACGUGUGAGUGCAAGCCGUUCUACGAGGGCGAUGGAAGAACGUGCACAGUUGUGAACCUGUGCCAGCAGCAGAACGGCGGGUGUGCCAAGGAGGCACGCUGCACCCAGAAGGGGGUGACUGUGGCUUGUAGCUGUCCCAAGGGGUACUCCGGUGAUGGGUAUACUUGUGUGGCUGUCGACCCCUGCGUUACUGACAACGGGGAGUGCCAUGAACACGCCACCUGUACCAUGACAGGACCGAACAAGAGAGUGUGUGAGUGCAAGAGCGGCUACAUCGGGGACGGGGAGGACUGCGCAGUGAAAGAGCUGCCCAUCAACCGCUGUGCACAGAACAACGGGCAGUGCCACACUGAUGCCAUCUGCACCGAUCUACACUUCGAAGACAGCACUGUGGGAGUUUUCCUUCUCCGCUCCCCUCAAGGCCAGUACAAACUCACGUAUGAAGCAGCCCAGGAAGGCUGCAGGCAAGAGGGGGCAACAAUCGCCACAUACAAUCAGCUCUCCUACGCUCAACAGGCUGGAUUCCACAUGUGUGCAGCAGGUUGGCUGGCAGCCAAGCGGGUGGCUUACCCAACUACCUACUCCAACCCCAAAUGCGGCUUCGGUCAGGUGGGGAUCGUGGACUACAAAGUUCGGUCCAACCUCAGCGAAGCCUGGGAUGCGUAUUGCUACCGAAUGAAAAAUGUACAGUGUGCUUGUAAGCCUGGCUACAUAGGUGACGGCUACUCCUGCAGUGGGAAUCUUCUUCAAGUCCUCACUACAAACCUAAUUUUCUCCAAUUUCCUGAGACAAAUUCUGACGUACUCCAACAACUCGCGGCACGGAGAACAAUUUAUAAACUGCCUCAGCAACCUGACGAUCCAGGCUACCCUCUUUGUGCCUGACAACAGCGCACUGAAUGAGAAUGAGACUCUUUCUGAACGGGAUAUUGAGUACCAUCUCUCUGAUGGCAAGGCCAUCUAUUUUGAGGAUCUGACUAAUGGAAGCAAGAUCCCGACUCGACUUGGACACAAUCUCCUUGUUUCAGGCUUCACUGACCUUCAGAACCCAAGCAUUAAUAGCACCACCAGGUAUGUAAAUGACCGAUACAUAAUAGACUGGGAUAUACUGGCCUCAAAUGGAAUAAUCCAUGUCAUCCAGGAGCCACUACGAGCCCCACCUCCAAAGCCUAGACUGCCUGCAUCUCACAAAGCCGGUAUCGGUGUGGGGCUCUUCCUGACAGUGACACUGCUAGGACUAGUCGGGUUUGUGACCUACCACUACUACUGGCACAGAAGCAGGCCCUUCCAAUUCCACUACUUCAAGUCAGAUGAAGGUGAAGACGUAGCCCCGACUGAGGUCAAUUCAAGUAUCUGCAACCCCAUGUAUGAGGCAGCGUCCUCCCCACGCAUCAAAGACUUCAAUGCAGUUACAGAUAAACACCAGGUUGUAAACAGUGGCCCAUAUGAUCUGCUUCAGGAUAGUUGAACAUUUAACCCUGGGACUUUCACCCUCAAUUUCACAGCUUUCAAAGAGAGUGUAAUGCACAUCAGUUGUAUCAGUUAUGCAUGACUCACAAUAACUGCUGUAACCACUUGUAGACUGUAGAAGGUGGAGUUGUACAGUUCAACGCAAUACAGUAUGUCUCCAUGGCAAAAACAUUUCUCCAAUAUGAGAUGGACAGGUCAUUUCUGUAUGCUUGGUUUUGAGGAAUAAACAGUCACACAACUAUUGCGAACCACCUUAACUCCUUCAGUGCUGUAACAAUAUACUGUCGGCGCUGCUUUCCUGGGAUGCCUCGGGAGAAGUAAAAAUAUCACGAUUUAAGUGGCUGUCUCAAUUAAACGAGAGGCAUUUGAGACGACCUUAGUCACACUUUUUUGUUUAUAAAUGAAAAGAAAAGGAAUUACA